AUGUGCACAGUCGGUCUACGUGGUGAGCCAUCAGUGGACAGGAACAAUCAGCUGAUUCGGUGUACUCGAUCUGAUGACUGCUCCCAAGGGCAGAUGUGUGAUCCGAAUACGCAUGUCUGUUGCAAGGGCACGAAUAGAUGUCCGAAAGGAUACGUAGAGACCGGUACAAUGUGUGAGAAUGGUAAGUGUCAGCGUCCUGGCAGUCUCUGUUUUAGAGCCAAGACAGGGAAAGAGAAGCUGUGCUGCGUGGAAGAAAACUAA